AUGUCGCGCGCGCGCGAGGCGCCGACGACGUUCUGUGGACUGCCGACGCUGCGACCGGACGCGCAGGCGAGGACGCGCGCGGCGACGCCCGAGACGCGCGGCGACGCGCGCGACGACGCGACCCGGACGCGCGUGCGAAAACUGCUGCUCGUGCGCCACGGCGCCAAGGCGAAGACGACGCGAGGGAAACGAGACGCGGAGGAGAUUCGACGCGCGUGCGAGGCCGCGAACGUCGACGUCGAGACGGCGACGACGGAACGCGCGGGACACGGCGUCGAACUGGUGCGAGACGCGGAUCUGAGCGACGUGGACGCGAUCGGGGUCGUGGGAGGGGACGGGACGCUUCGCGAGGCGGUGCAGGGAUGGAUCGAGCGCGAGGCGAGCGGGCGGGGCGACGGGAGGCGAACGCCGAUUUUCGCGUUUCCGUGCGGCACGGGGAAUAAUUACGCGCGAGAUCUCGGGGUGUUCACCGUCGCGGACGCGAUGGCGAAGUUGAAAGCCGGGAACGCGCGUCCGGUGGACGCGGUUCGAGUGUCGGACGGCGUCGGUAACGAUACGAUUUCGAUCAACGUCGUGACGUGGGGCAUGGCGCGCGACGCGGCGGAAACGGCGGAGGGCAUGCGUUGGAUGGGCGGUUUGCGUUACGACGUCGCCGGUUUGAUUCACAUCUUGAAGAAUAAAAAGAAUAACGGCAUCAUCGGCGUCAGCGAUUCUCUCGAGGGCGAGAUCGUGGAGGAAUCGAAUGAUUAUUUGAUGAUGUUCGCGCAGAACACGCGUUGCAGCGGCAGAGCUUUCGCGUUCACGCCGCUGGCGCAACUCGACGACGGAUUUUUCGACGUCGUCGUGUGUAACAAAGGAGGCCCGAUGCACACGAAGGCGCUCUUCGACGCCACGAAAACUGGUGGCGGUCACGUCGAAGAUCGUAACGUAUCAUACGUUAAAGCUAAGCGGUUGUCGCUGAAAACAGCGGCGGCCGAGAGCGUCGGCAUUGACGGCGAAGUCACCGUUCCAACGCCCGUUCAUCUGACGGCGCUCGAGGGAGUUUUCACUACGUUUCGCUAA